UUGAUAACGUCAUCCACUUGUUCAUUCAAAUUUGAAAUUUCUACUAAGAAAAUAAAUCGACUACGGCUUAUAUUAUGUUCUGUUUUUUUCUUUGUUAAUCCUUAAUCGUGUCUAGUUUCUACUAUACGACAAACCAAAUUGUUCAACAUGUUUCCAAAGUACUCUCCACAUAACAUACCAUUCAAAACUUUAAGUAUUAUGUAUGAACAUUUUCAAAACUUAUAUGGGCUGUUCCAAGAGCAAACCUUAUGUGAUGUUAUGUUGAUAUGUGAUGAUGACGUUCAAAUUUCAGCACAUAAAGCAAUUUUAGCAUCUGCAAGCCCAAUGCUCUUAGCAAUGUUCAAUGGUGGCUUCAGAGAAACCAAAGAAAUCAGUAUGCCUAUUAAAGACAUUGAGUCUGGUAUUCUGAAAUCAAUUGUAACGUGUGCAUAUACAUUUCAGAUGGAUAUCAAUAAUAAUAAUAUUGAAAAACUAUUGAAAGCUUUUAUUGAAACUAUUGAAACUAUUGGAAAAGAAAACUUUUCCACCGCCUAAAAAUGUUUACCGG